CAGCAGCAGACAGGAAGUGCGUCACCAUGAGCGGCCGCCCGGUCCGGAAAGAGAGACGGCAGCACGUGUGUGAUCACCAGGGAGAGCCAUGGACGUGCCUGCGGGUUCAGAAGGGAGUUCCGACGUUAAAGAUGGAGGCUCCUCUUCUGAUGGCGGCGAUGAGCUGGAUUCAACAGGCCCUGGCGCAAAAGACGAGACUGAUGAAGACCGAAACAAAGGCUGGGCGGAUGCGAUGGCCAAAGUCCUGAAUAAGAGAGUCUCGUCAGACCGGGCCAGCACCAUCCUGGUGAAAAGUAAAUCUCUAGAGAAGGAGAAAAAGCGGGACAAGCUGGAGAAACUGGAGAAAAAGAAACAGUUUGAUGAGAAACGACAGUGGGAGAUGAUGUGCAGAACAAAGCCAGAUGUCGUUAAAGACAGAGACGUGGAGAGGAAUCUGCAGAGGAUUGCCACAAGAGGUGUUGUGCAGUUGUUUAACGCUGUAAGAACGCAUCAGAGUAACAUAAGUGAUCAAAUGAAAGAGGCCGGCGGCUCGGAGAGGAAGAAAAGUAAACUUAUGUCGUCCGUAUCCAAGAAGGAUUUCAUUGAUGUGCUGCGAGGAAGAGAGAGCAAAGGCGAAGCGGCCAAGCAGAGAGAACCCAAAAAGGUUACUAUAAAAACAGAGAAGACGCCGGAGUGGAACAUCUUGCGCGAUGACUACAUGAUGGGGGCAUCCAUGAAGGACUGGGAUAAGAACAGCGACGAUGGGGUCACGGCCGGGCCGGACGCUGGGUCAGAGCCGGACGAUAGCGGAAGUGAUUCUGAUAGAUAACGUCUUAUCUCUCCGAAUGACGGGAAUAAAUCUCCAUUCUAUGAAUGUAUCACAUUUCUCACAUUGCACACAUGCUGUUAUAUACAGAGUCAUUCCUCUCCCAGACAUGCUGUUAUAUACAGAGUAAUGACAAACGUUUCUCCCAGAAUGUUACCAAACUGCAUCAUUUCUUCCAAAACAUCUUGUGCAGUCUAAGCAGCGGCACCUGCCCAGUCGCGGUGGGAAAGUCUCCAGAGGUCAGGAACUCUGUGUUGGCCGCGCUUGGUCUUCUGCCCUUUGCGUUCCUCGUUGUGCCCGAGUUCUUUGUCUCCUGUCUGAAGUGGGGGCAUCGCUCUCCUGGGCAUCCGCUCGUGUGGUAGAUGUUGUAGAAAGCCUGCUACUGUUGGCAGGAUACGCAGCGUCUGGCUCUGCAUGAAACAGAUUCCAGUCCUGCGCUUCACAUGGUUCUGCAUGGAAGUAACUGCCUGGCUCUCCCUAACGCAGAACAGAGAACAGCGCGGCCGCUCCUAUCAAAGGACGCUACAGUUUCCCUGUGUAAUUGGUACCUCUCGGGCAGUGUCCAUAAUUGCAGUUGGAUCAGAGCGUAAGCUCCUAUGGUUACACUAAAGCGUCUUCAUACUGUGGGUAAGCCUUUGUCAGUCCUGCAGUCACAGUUUGCUGUCGCGUAAUCAUGUCAUUGAACGUCCCUUACCGCUAUCUUAUUUUAAUAUCUGCAUGAUGUCAUAUCGCCAAAAGACCACUAAUGAGCGCCAUCUGCGCUGUGUACGUCUCUACCGUCUUUGGUGGAAUUCUCAGGGUUCCCCGUUUACUGCGUUCCCCCACCUCCUAUAGCUAGCAAUGAUCUACACUGAUAUUGCACGUUGUAAUGCUCUUAUUAUAAUGUGCCGUACAGCGCUGUGUAUUCCCCGGGAGUCAGGGCUGCUCCGAGAACCGGCCUCCUGCCUUACCGUAAAAUAAGAUAGGACAGAUGGUGAAUGGAUAAAAUCCCAGUAAUUGUUUGGCAGCGUAAAACAUGAAGACGCGUCUUCAGUGAGGACGCUGGUCGAUUGUUCUGUGCGAGGGAAGUAGACAUUUCCCGGCGUGUGGAGACGUCUGGUGCUGCAAUGUGACCUCGUCUGAGGAUUUGAUGCUGAAGUGUGGCCUGAAGAAGUCCCGUAUCCUAAGAUUAGAGAGGAAGGAAGGUCCUUAUGGGGAUUAUCUUUGCUCUAUAAGUGACAGCUUUAAGUCUAGCACUUGACGAUGAAUGACGCUGUGUUUAUAUCUGAGGACCAGUGGUUUAGUGAUAACAUGCUGAAGACUUAAAGCAGUGGUCAGAUGAGUGACUGGUAUAGCCAACAUGGUCAGAAAUAAGGUAACGCAGCUCCAGUAACUGUGAGAUGUGGAGGUUUCUAGCCUUGGAGAUAAUAGUUUAGUUUCCAGCCUUCCCUACAGCCGCCCGCUCCCCUACAGCCACAGGGUCAGCCACCACCCGCACCCUUACAGCCGCAGGGUCAGCCACCACCCACUCCCCUGCAGCCACAGGGUCAGCCGCGCGCUCCCCUGCAGCCGCAGGGUCAGCCACCACCCGCUCCCCUGCAGCCGCAGGGUCAGCCACCACCCGCACCCCUACAGCCCCAGGAUCAGCUCCCGCUCCCCUACAGCCGCAGGGUCAGUCGCCCGCUACCCUGCAGCCACAAGGUAAGCCACCACCCACUCCCCUACAACCACAGGGUCAGCCGCCCGCUCCCCUACAGCCACAAGGUCACCCGCCAAUUGUCCUGACCACCAGAAUGUGUGGCUGGCUUGUGGAGACCCAGAAUCGCUGACUGUAAGGACCGCGUUGUGUCCUUCUUGUUGAUAAGAGGCUGUAACUGAAAAUAAAAGUUUUAAAACCAA